UUCUCCUCUAAAUUGGAGUGCGGUUUGGUAGGCCGCGUACCUUGACAACGAAACAUAUUAUACGCUGCUGUCUGACCUUUGCAAAAAAACAUGCUACGACGACGCCUUUGCGGUUUAAGUUUCGAUCAUUGAUCUCAGUGGAGAUCGGUGAUUUCGAUCACCCAAAGCCUACCGGUCCGCGACCAAAAGGGAAGUGAACAAGCAUGUAGUGUUCGCAUGUGCGAGUAUGUGUAGCCGUUGCUGUAGUUGCGCAGAUCCUGCCGCCCGGUUAUGUAGCCCGGUUCUUGGCCCAUCCCCCUUUGUGGGUGAGCGCCAUCAAGACGAGGACAUCAUCAUCAUCAUCUUGUGCCGCUUAAACAACACUAAAUAAAUGCCCAAAUCUACCCGGUUUGGCGCGCACGGGUCGUCCCAUACCAUAAAUGCCAUAAAUGUCGCGCGUCGGAGACCUUGUUUCUCGCUCCAUAUCGUUCACCAAUGGUCCGUUUUCAAAGUUUCUGCCGGGCACAGCCAAGCCAUGCACUUCGUCACCGCCGUCCGAGGAUUGCUGGCUCUGCAAAGAAGUGAACCACUGGAACUCUGCACUGGCCUCUCUCUCGCUCGAACUGACAGAGGAAGAGCCAGGACGCUUGUGCCUGCGCACUUCCCGCGACGCCAACCCCUACGCCUUCUGCGACACGCGCUUUCUUCUGUCGUGCCUUGUCCGCCAGCACGCGUGUAUCAAGAGGCUCAACGUUUGCCACAACGUGUUCGACUGUCGGACUGUUGCAACGUCUGAACUGCAAAAGCUGGGGCCGGGUGGUGCCGUCGAGUGCAUAGAGAUUUCCGGACGCGCGGCUCGUUUUUGGACUACAUUGUUGGACACUGUCGGUGACGUAUUCUCUUUAAGGAGCCUGCGCAUCGAAGACUUUGUCGUCAACGCCGACUCCACGUCGCGGCUCGUGGAACUUGUUCAGGCGAAUAAAGGAUGUCUGCGGGAACUCUCCUUUUCUGCGCACUAUGCGCACCCCAAGAUCCCGGUAGAGUUGAUUUGCGCCCUCUACCGGUGCGAAGCCCUGACAGAGCUGUCGCUAUACGGACAGCCGACGCUAGAGGCUACCACUGCACUGGAACAACUCAUGCAGUCGAACGAAUCUAUCCAGAAGCUAUCUCUUCAAGACAAUACCCAAGACCAACGCAUCCUAAGUGCGCUAUGCAAUAGCCUGAGUGCAAACUUCUCUCCCACGGAGCUGCACUACGAAUGCGCAAGCCUGAAUUUCGGACAGCUGCUGCAGCUGCUUCAGUGCAAUAGCAGGCUCGAGUCUCUGGUUCUGAGUGGUAACAAGAACAGACCAAUGCAUUUGGGAAAGCUCCAUGGCAUGUCGUUGAACGCGCUACUGGUGCACAGUGCUGGACUUCGCAGCUUGGAGGUUCGUCACUGCGCCUGGACCAGUCAUGCCGCCGAAGAGGUUGCUGCCGGAUUGGCACGCAACAGUUCCCUCGAGCGCUUCGAUGUGUCUCGGUGUUACCUCGACUUUGGCAUAGUGCUGGCACUAUGCAGGGCGCUUGAAACCAACGAUACCUUGAAGAUGCUGGUGUUUCCCCCCAACGAUGACUUCCUGCAUGAGCCAGUUGGUUUAUCUGGAAAGCUGAUGGCUGCCAAAUGUUUUGCCCGCGUGACGACAACUUGGCCGAAGGCGUAUACUCCGGCCCUCACGAAAGCCUUAAAGGUGCCCUUGCUAUGUCCAGAGGAGCUGCACCUCUCUGCCUUCGAGUCUUACGACGGCUCUUUUCAACAACUGUGCAAAGCCCUCGGUAACAGCACCAUCAAGUGCCUCUACGUUAAAAUCUCCAUCUUCUCGAGCAGCCAGGUGGAAACAUUGCGCGAAGCACUCGCUGCCAACUCCUCCAUCAGGAAGCUUGUAUUGCAAGAGGACAGCAUAUCCAUUAGCUGCUGUUUUACUGUGGCCGAAGCUCUCAACAAAAACAGAACGGUGGCCGAAAUUUCUCUCAGCAUCCACGAGCUGAACGACUGCGGUGUAAAACGUCUUCAGUUGGUGGCUCUUGCCAGUGAUGCCUUGGAAAAGUUGACGCUAAACUGCAUCUAUGUGGCGCAGGGAUGCAUGCGUGACAUGCGCGACCUUUGCCCCUCACUGACCUCUAGUGGCACGCUAACGGGUUUCUCCGUCUUCAAUGAGAGGCGCCGAAUUGAAUGUUUAGACGCUGAAGUCAAGCACUGUGUGGAUCAGAACAGGAGAAAAUGGAACUGUGCCCUUCAGUUUGUGCUCAACCCCUGCGUCAACAAGCGCUGGGCAGUGGCGUUCGAGUCGCUGAGGGAAAAGCCUUGUUUCCUCCAGCGCGUCGUGAGAGCCUCGGGAAAGCCGUCGCAAGACGCAUUGAUAAUGAUCAGAUCAGCUAAGGGUUUCAUAGCGAGAAACUACCUUUUAGUAACUGGGGUUGUGUCGCGAGACAUCGCUUGCCAUCCUCACCCGGGGACUCAGAUAGAUAGCCUGAACAGUGACUGCUGGCUUACCAUUGUACAGUACCUAAGAGUGCUCGAUGUGAUCGAUGACACUUCCGUAAGUUGGUGCUAAAAACGGCCAUGUGAUGUCUCAUGGUUCGGUGUGUGCAAGUUCUUGCCAGAAUAGCAGGCAGUCUGCAUUGACAGCUUUUCUUCCUUUCAGGCCUACAUGCUCCACAUAUCAGAUAUUAAGUGCGGAGCACUUUAGGGGCCCGGCCUGUCGUAUGCUGUCGAUGCAGAUAUUCUCACAUUAGCCCAUGAUACGCCAACCGACAUUGGACACUUUACCAGUGGCACAAAUGACCUCCAUAUGCUGGACCCGUGGAAACAAUAGAAUCAAUGGAGGACAUAAUACACACUAACCAGGCUGCUUGCCCAAAUGCACCUGUAACCAUAACAACUAUAACUUGCCAUUGCAAAAAAGCAUGCUGCUAAAGUGCACUGAAGAAAGCAGUGAACUGAACACUGUAAAAUUUUCAGUUUAGAGAAAUUUGAUGAGAAUGUAAUGCAGAGAUACAUGAAGCACUGCAUGAAAACCUAACCUGGGAUGGUUUCUGCAUUAACUGCGUAGGAGUGCAGGUACUUUCGGAACAGACCCAAUACUUCACCAAAAGAAAAGUGUAAUAUGCUUAGUGACGUACACUCGGAAAACAUGUCCUCUGACUCUCCUGACUUCCAAAAUUGCAUCAGGAACAUUCCAGACGCAUUGCAGCUAACAGCGCGAAACACGUAGACCAACUCGCCAGCACCAACUCGCCUACACCAACUCGCCCAGUUUUCCUCCUACUUAAUUCCAGACACGACUGAGCACAAGUCGCUCCGAAAAUGAGAUCAGCGGCUGUUGAAACAGACGCAACCACCACUUACAUGAAAGCCACAGUAAAAGUUUCAACUCGGACAGCAACGCACCCUCUUGCAACGAGCAUCAACUGGGUCAGUUCUAUCCACAAUCAAUGUUUUCGCAUAGGCACUUGCCUACUCACUUUCCUACACACACAUAAAAUCAAACUUAAACAGAAGUAGAAUUAAAUGAGGAGCUUAUGAUGAUAUCUCCCAAGAGGAAAUACAUUUUCCGACAUGGAUUUCUUCACCCCAAGGUAAAUAAGUGGCAAGCACUGAAAACUAACCACCCCUCUCUGCUGCGAAACAGCGAAUUCCUACAGGCUGGAAAACUUGUUUAAAAGACAUACCAGCUACACCGUUCUUAUUAGCUCCUGCAUGCAUUGUGUACAGAAUAUAUCCUUAAAGGGAGAUGAUACCUACCCUGUGUGGUCAUCACUUUAGACAGGGGUCACUAGUGUAUUGUCAAGUCUCACACUUCUUGUAUCUUUUUAUACACUUGCAUAGUUUUGUUGUUCUUCGAUGUAAUAAAAUCAUCAUCAUGUAUUAUUGACAACAUUGAUAAUCCUUAUAUGUUCAUCAACUUUCUACUGUAAGUGAGAAAAGUUGUUCGUUUUUGCUGCAGGAAAUUAUAACAUUUCUACCUUCUUUCCACAAAGUUCGUGCAUUGUUUUUCAUCUUUAUACAAGGCAAUGCCAUUUGAUAAAACAAAGUGUUCAUUUGAUUAUUGACAUAUAUUUUCGAUGUAUUUGUUUACCUUGUACUCUAUUGUUCCAUCCUUGCUUAUCUUCAGUUAUGCGAAAUUGUUAUACACAUGAGCUCGGCAUCUCUUUGUCUUGGCAAAGCCGGCAAGUGCAUUGAAACCUUUCUAUGAAUAAUCCAGGUUUAAUAAGGAUUAAUAGUCCAGGUUGUUAAAAAGAUGGGAGUUGCUAAUUUUAUAUGAAAAUGUAGAAACAGGACUGCGGCGAGAAAACGUCGUCAUUUUACAUUUGUUUACGUUUAGUUUUAUUAGCUAUUGUUUGCACCAUGAAGAAAUAGUGUUAAGGUCGGAUUGAAGUAAGGAAGUGUUGCUCGGGUUUGUUAUUUCAUGAUAAACGACGCAGUCGUCAGCAUAUAGUCUGAUAUUAAAUAUUAAA